UGUGUCACAGGUGGCUGUCCCUGUUCCUGUCCCGCCCGGCCGCUGCUUGCCACGAGACCCCGAGAUCUCAUCUACCCCCGCUAUAUGGGCCAAAGUUGGCUGGGGAUAAGAGCUCACGCUUCUCGGCUUUGGUGUCAAAGCUUGUAGACCUACAUGAUUUCAACAGCAUGGCUGCGUCAAAGAUAAAGGAGGCUACGUGUGGAAAUAAACCAGAGACGUUUCCCACUGUGGUUGACAUAAAAAAAAAUAUACCAAAGUAUUGCUUUGAGCCAAAAGUGUCGACGUCUAUGUAUUAUGUUGCGCGUGACUUUGUGGCCAUAGCUUCUCUGCACCUGAUUUUCGAGUUGAUAAGCAUUUCAUUGCCAUGGUACGUGGUGUACACUGUCGCGCCCGGCUACAUGUUCAUGAAGGGAACAUUUUUUCUCGCUCUUUUCAUCAUAGGGCACGACUGUUGCCAUGGGUCGUUUUCCAGUAGCAGUAUUCUGAGUGACGUUGUUGGCGCUGCUUUGCACACCUUUCUCCUGAUGCCUUACAGCUGUUGGAAGUUCUCGCAUCGAGUCCACCACAAGAACACUUGUAAUAUAGACAAGGACGAAAUGUUUUACCCCCUUAGGAAGGAGAAUGCUCGCUUGCAACCAGCAAACACGCACAGUCUGUUCUGGAAAGCGUACUUGGCCUUGGAGUCUGGGCCGAGAUCUCUCCUGUGUUAUGACCUUCUAGUACGUACCUAUAUGUACGCAGGACGCCUAAUGGCAAGCGCUAUGUCGAUACUAUUCAAUAUUCUCUGGGCCACGGUGUUAUAUAGGUACGCGAUGCACUACGGCUGGGGUUCUUUAGUGCUACAUUAUUUAAUUCCGGUGGUCACCUAUGUCUCAUGGGGUUUCGUCAUCACAUUCCUUCAACACGCAGAUGAUGACAUCGCCUGGGCAUCUGGUCAUAAAUGGAACUACAUGCAUGGGCAGUUGAGCACAGUGGAUCGGCACUAUGGAUGGUUGCAUGGAAUAAUUCAUAAUGUAGGCACUCAUCAGAUCCAUCAUCUCUUUCCAAAAUCCCACACUAUUAUUUGGAGGAAGCCACUGUGGCUUUCAGGAAGAGUUACCCACAUCUUGUGCGAGUUAAUGCCGAUCCGAUUCUUCCGUCCUUUUUUCAGUUAUAUGGGAAGUACGUACGAAGUCGUCUAGUAGGCGACGACGAGGAAAUCGUUUGGUACAGAUAACUUGUGUUUGAUAAAACGGUAAGGUAUACCUAAUUUUUACGUGAAAAUAUACACGUAUACGUGUGACGCAAACCCACGUCUGCUCUUUUGUAUGUAUUUUGUGUCUGUUGUUGGUAAAAGAAUUCCGGCAAUGAUUUGCACCAUACAAACAGCCGUGUGGUAAAAGUGCUAACAGUUUUGCCGUAAGCAUGCAGUAAAUUCCGGUUGCAAAGCCAUCCUUAAAAGUUCUUUGUUGGAAGUAACCGGACCCAGUCAGAAAAAUUGAGGGUAUUUUUUCAUUCUAGCUAAUGAUAAAGACAGGUAUUUUAAAGAAAUUAACUUUGAGACAAAAAUUAAAACAAAAAAGAAAUCAAAAGCCUGAUAAAAAAGUUUAGACUUGGGCCCUUUUUGAUGGGUUGGUGGUAUUUUACGAAACAAAUAUGUUUUUAUUGACGGCCAAACAAGUGUUGUGUUUUCAAUUUGUAUUUUUUUUUUUCUUUUUUCUUUUUUUUAAUUAUCACAUGAGGAAUUGUAUCUCAUUUUGCCAAACAUGCACGUUUCCUA